AUGUUGGAAGAAAUUCAAUCAAAUAAGAGGAAGGAGGUUGAGGAGGGGAAAUUGGGGGAGUCGUGCGAGCCGGUCAAGAGGACGAAGAUUGUCCCGAUUGGGGAAGCAGCAGCGAGGGAAAACUACGACCAGGUGAAGAUUGAAAAGGGUGUCCCGAUUAGUAAGGAAAAAAUAGAGCAGGUGAAGAUUGAGAAGGAUGACACACCGGCCGCUUCUUCAUCCUGUGUGUGUGCAGCGGAGGGCAAGCAAAAACUCGGCACAGCCAUUUUAAAGGCGAUGGAAAAUGUCCAAUCGGGGGAAAUAAAAAAAGAAGAAGAGGAACAAGUAAAAACAAUUGUUACAUGGAACAUGAAUAGCAUAACGGUAAGAUACAAAAAUAAGGACAAGUGGAAUGCCUUCAUGAAAUUUUUUAAUCAAAUCAAUGCGGAUGUGUUGUGUUUUCAGGAGGUACGUUUACCAGCCCUUAACCUUUUUGACUUGAAAAAUUCAAAACAUGGACAAAGGGACAGAGGAAAAAUAAAAAACACGGAUCAAAAAAGUCAACUUGAUUUUGAAGUGAUGGAAAAAAUUUUAAAAGAAGAUUUUAAAAACUACAAUGCGUAUUUCAGUUUAGCCAAUAUAAAAUACAGUGGUCAGCUGAUCUUAAUAAAGAAGAGCAUACCGGUCAAGUCCAUUCGUUACAAUCUCUGCUUUGAUUCUGACCCGAGCGAACAUCAUCAGGAGGGUAGAGUGAUCAUUGUGGAGUUCAACACGUUUUAUCUGUUAAGUACAUAUACACCCAACAAUGGGUUUGACGCAGUGAAGUUUGAGCGAAGGAGAUUGUUCGAUGAGCAGUUAAAGGAGUUCGUGUCCGUUGUGAGGAAUAAAAAAAAGAACUUGGUGUGGACAGGCGAUCUUAACAUCGCACCGGAAGACAUAGACUUAUCGCACCCUGCUGAGUUUAGAAGAAUGAGAAAGGGGAACGUACCUAAGGAAUUCGUGGGGCAACCUGGUUGCACCGAUUUUGAACGAAAAAAUUUUAUGGGUAUCCUCUCCGCAGGUGAUCUCGUCGACUCGUAUAGGCACUUGGCAAACCUAGACAUCAGCAAGAAAGGGGAGACCGGUAAAGGGGCCACCGAUAAAGGGACUCGUGAUAUAAAUGACAAUAUAUACACGUGGCGCUGCCCCUUCCUCAUGGGGAAGAGUUGCAACAAAGCCAUGCGCAUCGACCACUUCAUCGUGUCCAGGGCCUUCAUGCCCCACGUGGAAAAGGUUGAAAUACAUGGGUACAGCGUGUUCCACAAAAACUUUUACGGCUCCGACCACUGCCCGGUCAUACUGCACCUGCGAGGGGGGCCAGACAAAGUAACGACCCAACAACAGCGUGAAGCAGUGACCGAGCAGGUUGGUGAACAGGCGAGCCAACACGUGAACUAA